AUGAAGCACAGAAACAUUCUUCUCUCCGCAAUUGUGCUAAUUUUUAUCUUCAUUCUAGCUAUUCUCAUCUCUGCCGUAUUGCUAUUUGAUGAAAUUUGUGAUUUCGAGCAUAUCGCUUAUAGAGAUUUGCAAACGUUUCAGAAAUACUCCGAAGACGCAUGGAAUCUGAUUACCUCCCCGACAAGAGACAAACGCGCAGUGUAUCGGAUAAAGCUACCGUCUCGCAAUAGUUACGGACAACCACGAUAUGUGACGAUACCUCCGAUGAAUAGUUAUGCUGUUCCAGAAGGUGGUGGGUCAAUGCCAGUUACCUGUCCUUCAGGACCUCCAGGUCGUCCAGGACAUUCAGGACACCCAGGUGAAGAUGGAUCAUCUGGUCACCCUGGAAGCCCUGGAGGAGUUGGUAUUUCUCUUUCCAUGAAACUACCAUAUAAUGGGUGUAUUCAAUGUCCAAUGGGUGCGCAAGGAGAACCGGGGAGACCUGGGCCAAUGGGACAUCCUGGAGACAUUGGAGGAACUGGGAUAGAUGGAAUACCUGGUGGAAGAGGUCCUCCAGGAUACCCAGGAAUGCCGGGAGAUAAUGGAUUGGAUGGGGCGAGAGGUCAUGAUGGAGCUAGUGGUCAACCUGGAAGACCUGGAACAAGAUCUUUUGGGUCACCUGGACCCGCAGGGUCGCCAGGAAAACCUGGAAAAGUUGGACCUCCUGGGCCAGAUGGAGGAUAUCCAAUAUCUGGAGAGCCAGGAUCUCCAGGACCUCAAGGAAGAGCAGGGCAACCAGGGGGCCCCGGAGUAGACGGACAUCCUGGGAGACUUGGCGGUACUGGUGGUCCUGGACCGGAUUCUGGAUAUUGUAAAUGUCCGGGAAGAGGAAAAAAUGACGAGUUCUCGAAUUACAGUACGAAAACUACUGCGAAAUCCCAGAUUAAACCAGUAGAAAGUGGAACAACAACUGAGUGGAGGAGAUCAAGAAAAAUACGAGUGUCUGCUUGA